AUGCCUCCCCAAAUUAAGCAUGAUUUGAACAGAUCCGGCUGGGAGUCUACAGACUUCCCAUCCGUCUGUGAGAACUGCCUUCCCGAAAAUCCCUACGUGCAGAUGAUCAAGGAAGAUCAUGGCGCAGAAUGCAAGAUCUGCACGCGUCCCUUCACUAUCUUCCGUUGGAAGGCCGAUCGGACCUCCCGCCAAAAGCGAUCCAUUAUCUGCCUCACAUGUGCGCGCCUGAAGAACUGCUGUCAAUGCUGCAUGCUAGAUUUGUCGUUCGGUCUUCCGCUUGCCGUCCGCGAUGCUGCUCUCAAAAUGGUCGCCCCAGGACCGGAAAGUUCCAUCAAUCGCGAGUAUUACGCGCAAAACAACGAGAAAGAAAUCGAAGAGGGACGUGGUGCCAUCGAAGAAUACGAAAAGACAGACGACAAGGCUCGCGAGCUUUUGCGACGCCUUGCAAACAGCGAACCAUAUUACCGCAAGCCCCGACGAAUCGAAGCACCUGCCGAGGAAGAGAAAGUAGAGGAGGGUACGGCGACGGAUCAACCACGAACGAACAGCCGCUAUGGAAAUGGGCCCGGUCCGGUUCGUACUAGUGAAAGCCGUGUCGGGAACCGCCUUCCAGGCCGUGGAGGACGAGGUGGUGGCCGUGGUGGUCGCCCAUUCCCCAGUACCACCCAGUUGCCGCCUUCGGCUGCAGAUAUUCUUCCCCCUACAGAUCCCAAUGUCACUUCCUUGUUUAUUACAGGCGUGGAAGACGAUCUCCCUGAACAUGCGCUCCGCACGUUUUUCAGCGAAUUCGGCCAGCUUCGGUCGCUUAUUUGCUCCCACCGCUCCCACUGUGCUUUCAUCAACUACGUCAACCGCGCGGACGCCGAAACCGCCGCAAACCACUGCCAAGGAAAGGCCAUCAUUCGAGGCUGCCCUCUGCGUGUCCGCUGGGGAAAGCCGAAGCCGCUGGAUAACUUAGACCGUGAGGAGAGAAUGCAAAAUGCCCGCGAGGGUCGCCAGACUGUGGGAUCGGUUGGCAAAGGUAAACAGGCAGACAGACGAGCCAUUACGUCUGCAGGCGAGACUGCUGGCCAGGAGAAAGCUCAACCUCAUGUUGUUGCACCGCCCCCUGGAUCGGGUGAGGUCCACUACGCCAGCAUGAAUGGCGAUUGA